AUGUUAAUUGCCAACCUUGCGAAGUCCAGCAAAAUAAGCCGGCUUCUUACAUUGAAGCGAAAAAUCCCGGAGUCUGUGUCUAGCUCAGCUUUUGCCAUUGAUCAACUGAUGGAUUGUUUUGUGAAAGGCGCAGAAGGUGCUCUCAACAAACAUGCCAAUUAUGAUUAUCUAUCAUAUCUAUUUGCCGAUCUAUCCAAGUCUGAAGAGGGCCGCGCGUAUUUUACGACUAGACAGGACUACGACGGCGUUGUGCCAGUCACGAAGCUGACUGUAUUUACAGAGCACAAGAGCACGGUGCGGAGAAAGGGGGUUGCCUCAACUAUCAAAAACGUCGCAUUCGACGUCCCUUUCCAUACCGUGCUCCUCUCCGAAGAUGGUGCUAACAUCUUACCCUAUAUACUGUUGCCAAUUGCUGGACCAGAAGAGUUUGCUGAGGAAGAGUCAAUGGACAUGCUAGCGGACCUUCAAUUGCUCCCACCAGACAAAAAGAGAGACAGUGACCACAGCAUUAUAGUCACCCAUCUUGAAACUCUCUUGUUGCUCACAACCACACGAGAGGGGCGAGAUAUCAUGAGGGCAAUUAAGGUCUACCCAAUCAUCCGCGAGUGUCAUCUCCACGUUGAUAACGAGGAUGUCCAAGAGGCCUGCGACAGGCUGGUCCAGGUUAUAAUGCGUGAGGAAGAGGGUGAAGAAAGCACAAAUGCAUUGCCGGAAAACGGCGGCAACACAAAUGGCCAGCGACAAGAGGAUGAGGAAGAGAAGGUUGUGGAGCUGUUUUGA